AUGAUCCUUCAGCACAGAGUCACAGAUGGAAGGACGGUGAAUGCUGACUAUUACUCAAAUGUAUUGAAAAGGGAUCUCGUCAAUGCUCUUAAGAGGAAACAGCCGGCUUUGGACCUUGAUCGGAUUAUUCUGCACCAGGAUAAUGCUCCUGCACAUAGGGCAAACUCUACACAGCUAGAGAUUACAUUACUGGGAUUUGAAGUAUUAGAAGACCCUCCCUUCAGCCCUGACUUAGCACCCAUGGAUUUCAGGACCUUUCCUGAGAUAAAGACUUCCCUCCGUGGAUGGCGCUUCCAGGACGUUGCUGAUUUAACACUGGCAACCCGUCGAAAAGUUUCACAACUUGACACAGACUGGUACCGGGAGACAUUUAACAAGUGGAUUGCCAGACAUCAGAAAUGUGUAGCCUUGCGCGGUGACUAA